UGGUAUGGGGCGGGGUCUGGCCACGCACAAUGGGCCAUGGAGUUCUCGUUCGAUGUGGAUGCGCUGCUCCCGGAGCGGAUCACGGUGCUGGACCAGCACCUGCGACCCCCAGCCCGCCGACCCGGAACCACAACGCCGGCCCGUGUUGAUCUGCAACAGCAAAUUAUGACCAUUGUAGAUGAACUGGGCAAGGCUUCUGCCAAGGCCCAGCAUCUUCCUGCUCCCAUCACCAGUGCAUCAAGGAUGCAGAGUAACCGUCAUGUUAUGUAUGUGCUCAAAGACACUUCAGCGCGACCGGCUGGAAAAGGAGCCAUUAUCGGCUUCCUUAAAGUUGGAUACAAGAAACUCUUUGUACUGGAUGAUCGUGAGGCUCACAAUGAGGUAGAACCGCUUUGCAUUCUGGACUUUUACAUCCAUGAGUCUCUUCAACGCCAUGGCCAUGGGCGAGAACUCUUCCACUAUAUGUUGCAGAAGGAGCGAGUUGAACCACACCAACUGGCCAUUGACCGACCCUCACAGAAGCUGCUUAAGUUCCUGAAUAAACAUUACAACCUGGAGACCACAGUCCCACAGGUCAACAACUUUGUGAUCUUCGAAGGCUUCUUUGCCCAUCAACAUCGGCCCCCUGCUCCCUCCCUGAGGGCAUCUCGACACUCUCGCGCUGCUGCGAUUGAUUCUACACCCGCUGCUCCAGCAAGAAAGCUGCCACCCAAGAGAGCAGAGGGAGACAUUAAGCCAUAUUCCUCUAGUGACCGAGAAUUUCUGAAGGUAGCUGUGGAGCCUCCUUGGCCCCUAAACAGGGCCCCUCGCCGUGCCACGCCUCCAGCCCACCCACCCCCCCGCUCCAGCAGCCUGGGAAACUCACCAGAACGGGGUCCCCUCCGCCCCUUUGUGCCAGAGCAGGAGUUGCUGCGUUCCCUGCGCCUCUGCCCCCCACACCCUACCGCCCGCCUUCUGCUUGCUACCGACCCUGGGGGCAGCCCAGCCCAACGUCGGCGCACCAGUUCCCUUCCCCGCUCUGAUGAGAGUCGAUACUGACAGAUAGUUACCCCCUUCCCUCCCUGGGAGACCUGGAGUAGGCAGAGCCCCCUUUCCCUGAGAACCCCACAUCCACUCUUCCAUUGUAGUCCCCAGGUUCCAGUGGAAACUGACAGAGCUUGUAGGAUUCCCUCUUCCUCUUUCUUGGGCAAAGAUGUUGUUAGGGUCCCAGAUGGGCUAAUACUUUGUAGCUUUUCUUAUGUAGAAAGCACGCCUUCUUUCCUAAGUGGGCUCUGAACACUCCCACAGAUAACCUGAUUCACCGCCAGAUCCUGUGGUUGGGUGGCUCAUACUCAUUACCCAGAGAAGCACAUUCUUGCUUGCUGUUAGACUAUGGAACACCUUGGAAGGUCUAAGGGUCUCCUCUGCCAGGGAAACAUUUUAAGGAGUCUUGUCCAUGGAAUAAAUCCCACAGUCCUUCUACAGCAUUACUGGUGACUCUAAUACUGUUUUGUGCUGCCUACCACACUUAACUUCUCAGCCUGCUGAAGCCAACCGAUGAGCUCUGCUUCAGAGCAGUUCAGUGAUAAAGGACAGGGUCUUAAGACGACCAGGUCCCCAAAGGGAUCCACUCAACAUUGCCAAACUCUUAAUCUCCCCACAUUUUGUAUAUGUGUCCAGGAACCCCCAAACCGAUGUCUGCUUUGAGGCUCUAAAGACUUCCUACACUUCUAAAGAUACUACCACUUUCCCUAGAUCCAGAUUCUGUGAGGGAAUUAUUUCUUGGCAGUAGAUCCCAUUUAGUAUCCUGGAGUCACUCUUAGCCAUGUUUCAGAACAAGCCUUGAGUCUCAAGUAUCUGUUAGCUUCUGGGAUCCCCUCUUGCAUACACCCUGCCCCAGUAGCUAGAUGAUGAUAUAUUCCAGUCUUGUGAGAUUUUCUUGAGGUGGUAUGGGAACUCUCCCCCUGGCCUGCCUUCUUUUCCUCCAUAACAAGAACCUUCCCUGCUCCAUACCCAGGGUAUGGAACGUCUUCACCCUCCCUACUCUCUGAAUGUGUGGUAGAUCAGAUACUCCUACUGUGUUCCCACAUCCCAGUACUUGGGAGCAGGAUCUCCCUCUCUCCCAACUCCUUUUCCUUCUCCUUUUCAGUGUUGUCUGAAUAAAGUGUGCAUUCUUUUGUGUUUUUUAAAUGGACAUUUUCAAUGAAAAAAAAAAAUCAAAAAAAACCCCCAAACUUCAGGUCUCAGUCUCAUUUGUGUGUCACCUGAUUUUUUUCCUGGGAUCCCUGGCCCUCUGAUUCUCCUUACCUUUGUGAUCUGCUGGAUCUUAUGCAGAUUCUGUCUCCUGUAAUGUAGUUGCUGGAUCCCUCUGUAUAGGCUGCUAGAUGUACUCCCCCAUUGCCUCCAGAAAUCUCCAGCUUUCCGCAGUGAUGUCUACCCUUUAGCCUAGACCACCCAUUGCUGAAAUGUCAAUAUUAACCAACAUCUCUGGGAUCCACUCAUUGCCUCCUGACUAUUCCCUGGAUUCCGCUUCCCAUUCUGAUUUCCUGCCCCCACCACCACCCUUGGACCUCUCUCAAGACAAUUCCUUUUCCCCCUGAAUUCAGCCUUGUCAAUCCCUAUUUCCCUCUGGUCUGACGUAUCCUGUAAUUUAAAGUAACCAUGUUUUCUAAACCAAACACCAGGGCACCUGGUCCAACAAACUUUUUUGCCUGAGUCUGGUUUUCUGGCAUAAUUUCGAUAACAUUUACCCUUACUUUUAACACAUUAGAACUAAUAUCAACAAACCAGGACUACUCCAGAGAAAUCUUGGGGUAUGAAAUGGGCUCCCUCCCCUUUUCUGAGGCACAGCUUAGUUUAAAACCCCAUAGGAAAGGUGGUUACCCUUCUCUUUCUCCUGUAUUAUUCCUUUCAUUCCUCUCCUCUGAUUCCUUCAUCCCCACUCAUCUUUCUUCCUAUAGCCUCUUCCCCAUCAUCUCCCAUUUCUUCUACAGGGGGGCUCCCCCAGGGCUGGUAGCCCAAAGCUGCUGCUACAGCCGCCAUGGGGGGCUGAAUUCCUCAUCCCCCAAUACAGGUAAGUAUUCAUCCCUCCUUGCCCUCAAAUCAGGCUAUAUUGACUAUCUACUCCAGUCUUCCCAUACACAUGCCUGGUGUUUUCAUAGGCAACCAAGAAUCAAAGCAGGGGGAACAGGACACAGAGAAUAGGUGAGGUCUGAACCCCUCCCCUACCAGCCUCCCACCACCUCUGACUCCUUUUCCUAACAUCACUCUCAGCUCCUUUCUCCUCUGAACACCAGCUCCUCUCACAGAUUGUUCUACCUAACAUCCUAAUCUGAAACGCUCUUUUCCCAUAGGUUCAACUGGUGCUUACCUUUGGUACUCUCUGAGGGGUUUCAAAUUUGGACGUAGCCCUAAUGGUUUCAGCCUCAUACUCCCAUCAUAUGCCCUAUUCUACAUCAGGGCUAGACCUUGAAGAGUCUGAUCUUAAUUGCCACUUUAGUAUCCCUAUAACCCAUUCUCCAUCUCCCUCCCACCUACCAGGUCUGCCAGCGAGGAGCAGGUCUUGUCACAGGCUGGGUCUGGGGAAGAACACAUGCACACAGUUUCUCCACAGGCCCAGGCCCUACCAGCCCAGGCCUGGACAAUGGGUGGGAACAUAUUCAACGCCAGGUUCAUUCGAAACUUGCAGGAUCUUCGCAGCACCAGGCCUUGGUGACCGCAACCCCCUCUUACACCUUCAAAGUCAGUAUUCUCACUAUGGGAGGUAGCCAAAGCCCGCCCUCAUAAUGGAUGUAUUCAUUCGUUCAUUCAUUCACUCAGCAGGCUUUAUCAAUGCCAA